ACCCGUCCCGUACACUUUACAGUAGGUUGACUACCUCCUGGGUUACAAAUUCAUAUGAAGAAAAGUAAUCAGGUGGUCCUGAAUUACAGAAUUGCUUUACAAUUACAAAAAGGCGAAUAAAACGGUUCCAUGUCUUGAUGGAGACAUUUUCAUUUGUAAUUCCCGAGACAUUUCUUCCCAUUCUUUCCAAGAAGUUGGAUACACAACAUCAGCAUUCCCAGUAAACUGAGCACAAUAAUAUUUGUUGUGCUACAAGAGAUACACCAGAUCACCAAGACAGACCAAGUCUCAAGGAACAGGUUGACAGAGACACAGGAGAGGCGUCAUGGGAGGAACAAAACCAGAUGGGAUAAGAAAUGUGAUGACUGACUGAGCGAAAUAAGAAAACGUCAGAGAAGAAGGAAAGAGAGAAGGAUUGUGUGUUCUAUCCUUUCGCAGAAGUGCAGCCUCUACAUUCCUGUUACUAUGCCUGAGAGAGAGAGGGCAGUAGACCAGUCCAAAUGAACCCCUACGUCACCUCUCACUUUAGGAGGGAUCUCUUUCCCCACUUUCACUUGUUGUAGAGGCUUCUCUUCUCUUCACCCCUCUCUUACUGUUUGUGUGACAUGGGUACACCUGUCUGUGUGUAAACCUAGGACAGCAGGUAACACCUGUCUCUGUGUAAACCUAGGACAGUAGGUAACACCUGUCUCUGUGUAUACCUAUGACAGUAGGUAACAUCUGUCUCUGUGUAAACCUAGGACAGCAGGUAACAUCUGUUUCUGUGUAAACCUAGGACAGUAGGUAACACCUGUCUGUGUAAACCUAUGACAGUAGGUAACACCUGUCUCUGUGUAAACCUAGGACAGUAGGUAACACCUGUCUCUGUGUAAACCUAUGACAGUAGGUAACACCUGUCUCUGUGUAAACCUAGGACAGCAGGUAACACCUGUCUCUGUGUAAACCUAGGACAGUAGGUAACACCUGUCUCUGUGUAUACCUAUGACAGUAGGUAACACCUGUCUCUGUGUAAACCUAGGACAGUAGGUAACACCUGUCUCUGUGUAAACCUAUGACAGUAGGUAACACCUGUCUCUGUGUAAACCUAGGACAGCAGGUAACAUCUGUCUCUGUGUAAACCUAGGACAGCAGGUAACAUCUGUCUCUGUGUAAACCUAUGACAGUAGGUAACAUCUGUCUCUGUGUAAACCUAGGACAGUAGGUAACACCUGUCUCUGUGUAAACUUAGGACAACAGGUAACAACUGUUGCCUUGGUAUUCUCCUGUGUUGUGCCUUUGCUACUCCUAGUCAGGGUGUUACACUGUAAACUGUCCUCAGUGAUCUGGUCAAGGUGUUACACUGUAAACUGUCCUCAGGCAGCUGGUGAAGGUGUUACACUGUAAACUGUUCCCCAGGAACCUAGUAACAUGUUUAACUUGUUCACUGGGGGUCAAAGACUUGCCAGUGUUCGAAACCACAGUCCACUGGAAAUGUGUACGGAAGGUAAAGUCUAAUAUCACAACCAAACCUUUUUUAUGUAAUGUGGAUUUGCCCUGAAUCAAACCUUUGAGUUUUCUUUGUUUUUGUUUUUAUCCCUAAGGGAUUUUGCAUGCAACAAAAAAGAAUUCUCCCUCCCCAAAAUAUGACCUUUGUUUGCCUCAGUGGGUAGUCGUUUUUACCCAGUCUUCCUUGCACGUCCUCUGCACAUUAUUCCCACAUUUCCCCAAAUAUUUUCCAAAGGAAUUAGACUGGAAGCUUUUCGGAAAUGGAUAAACGUGUGUGUUCUCUGUCAAGCAGGGUUGUUGAGUGUGACACUUGAACCAAGAGGAGAGAACUAAAGCCAAACCCUGUUUGGAAAAAAACAAGGACACAGCACCUCCCGUCCCAGGAUUGGACAGGAUUUGACCUCUGAAAUAACAUUUGAUCUCUGAGUUUUCGUAGAGGUCAUCCACAAGUGUAUGCCCUGUGUGCCUGUUACCCCUCCCUUCUUUCCCCACAACCGGCCAAUCGGAUUCUGCUCCUCCUACACAUACACAUUCACUUUGACUCUAUAUAGGUGUUGUAUAGAAUUAAUCCUGGUAUAAUAUGUAUAGGAUGGUACACAAAAAUAGGUACACAAAAAGUACACACACUCGUACAUGCCUUGGCGUUCUAGUCAAGUAAUUUCAUUCUCUCUUCUUUUCUUUCUUGUCUUUUGUUCACUUGUGUCUUUCUCUCUCAUCCCCCCUUUGUUAUAGAUAAUUAUCCCAUGCAGUUGUAGUGGAGAGUAAGUCUCCUUAUGGUUGUAUACAUUUUUAAAACACUGAGUUAAUCCAAUGAAGUUGAUCUGGUCAGUAGUCAGUCUGUGCAGUGUGUUUUGUACUGAAUUGACAAUGCCUUUGGGAGAAACACAGAGACCCUCAGGAAUAGGAUAUCCUGUUUAAAAAAGCAGUCACCUGAGAGAGCAACAAACAUAUUUUAAAUGUCUCUAAAAGUCUGCUUUUGUUGUGCCGAGAACUCAAAUUACUUUUGAGGACUUUUGUGGCUUGGAAAAGAUACUUGGAUUUGAGGGGAGACUGCUGGUCACAGUCUCCCGCUUGUGAGAGACACUGAGUGAGUAUUAUUUACACAGUGCAUGGCUACUGUAGCUCAUAAAUGUAUUCAGAGGCCCUGUAGCAAAGGAAACAUAGAUAUAAAAGGGUGGAGAAACAUAUUCUGACUGACAGGAAGUGAAUGUAUUGGAAUUGUGUAACAUUAUCUGAAUCAAUAGUCUGAGUUCCUCCUCUGUUUCAAUCUGCCCUGUGUAUUUACCAUGACCAAACCACUGGGAAGUGAAGAUCUUGGAAUGUAAGAAACAGCAUGCUAUUCUUUUCUCUGCUGGUUGCAUGCUAGAUAUGUGUUAGAAACAUAGAGACCGUUUGACUGUACUGUACCCUGGAUCUACCCCUGGACUCUGUAUUGUCAUAUUGCACUUUAGUGAAUGUGGGGAGUAUAUAUCCUCAAAACAUCUCCUUACUACUACCCCAUUGUAUCCCCAGCUCUCAUCCUUUCAAGCUUCUCAGUUUCUGUCGCCUGCUCAAUGUGUUUCCCUGGUGCUGUUUCAAACUGUCAGCAAAACUCCCGCUCCCUCGUAAGAUGGCCACAGACUAUGGGUCACUCCUGUUGAUACCUUGGACACGUUGUGUGUAACCUCCCUCUUCAGCCCAAAGGAGUGUAAGUACUACAGGGACUAUACAGUAUUACUACCAGACUGCCUAUUUGCUGCUGUGGAAUACGUUUCUGAAAUGACACUGCCUAUUGACCAGAGGAGUAUAUACAGCAACGACUUGACCACUGAGCUUUCCUUCAAGAGAAUGGAAGGAAGACUGUGAAUCAGGACACAGUAGAGGUGUGAGUAACCUUGACUGUUAUUAAAAACUUGUUUAAGUGGAACAAUGAUCCGGGAACUGCGGGAAGUAAUCUACUGCUGGAUACAGUUUUUCCUCAUGGAUCAACAUUUACCACAUCAGAUGGAUUACUUUUCACCAUAGAAACAGUGGAACUGGAAAGAAGUACAGAACACCAGGUUUUUAUCAAUACCUAGGUGGUCACAAACUCACAAACCACAUAGGAGUUGAGACUACAGCGUCAUCAGCGUAAGACAUUGUAUUUAGCACCAUGGGAGCGGCGCGUGUUAAGCGACGUUUCAGUGCGGUGGUUGACGGGCUGGUAGACGAGGAGGAAGUCAUAAAGCUGGCUCUGAGUGUUACUGACACAGCCAGGGCGGGGGGGAGCACGGGAGGCUCAGGGAGCCCCACCAGCCCCUCUCCCACCCACAACCGCAAUGGCAAAUCACUCCCCCUGCAGGGCAACGGCAGCAAUGCACGGAGGCCCAGCAGAGCCCAGGAGGCAGGAGGAGGGGAAGGAGGGAUGAGAGGAGGAGGGCACUCAGGACUGAGGGGCGGGAGGGAUGGAAGUCUGGGGGGAAGGGGAGAAGGCUGUUCGUCCUCGGACAGAGAUUCGACACUGUCGUCACCUUCCUCCUCCAGCCGCCGGCCCACCCGGAGCUCUAGACGCCGGCCCCGUCAUCGCUUUGUGGGCAAGGACGGGCGCUGCAACGUCACCUUCGUCAACAUGAGCGAGAGGGGCCAGCGUUACCUCAGCGACCUCUUCACCACCUGUGUGGACAUCCGCUGGCGUUGGAUGCUCGUCAUCUUCUGCCUCUCCUUCCUCCUUUCCUGGCUGCUCUUUGGCUUCGCCUUCUGGCUCAUUGCCGCCGCGCACGGGGACUUCGCCAUCCGCCUCAACCCCAGCUCAGGUGCCUCUUCCGGGGGAGGAGAUGAGUCCGGGGCAGGGGCGGUGGUGGAAGUGGAGGAAACGUGUUUCGUCCAGGUGAACAGCUUCAUGGCGGCCUUCCUGUUCUCCCUGGAGACGCAGACGUCCAUUGGUUACGGCUUCCGCAGCGUGACCGAGGCCUGCCCCCUGGCGGUGAUGGCGGUCGUCUUGCAGUGCAUUGUGGGCUGCAUCAUUGACGCCUUUAUCAUCGGGGCGGUCAUGGCAAAGAUCGCUAAGCCCAAGAAGCGUAACGAGACACUGUUGUUCUCUGACACGGCAGUGGUGGCGCUGAGAGACGGGAAACUCUGCAUGAUGUGGAGGGUGGGGAACCUACGCAGGAGCCACCUGGUAGAGGCCCACGUACGUGCACAGCUACUGAAGCCGAGGGUGACCCCAGAGGGAGAGUUCCUCCCGCUGGACAACGAGGACAUCAACGUGGGCUUCGACACGGGAACCGACCGCAUCUUCCUGGUUUCCCCGGUAACCAUCGUCCACGAGAUCAAUGAUGAGUCGCCGUUUUUCGAGAUGGACCGUCGGACGCUGGAGGGCGACGCGGAGCUGGAGGUGGUGGUCAUUCUGGAGGGUAUGGUGGAGGCCACAGCCAUGACUACACAGUGUCGCAGCUCCUACCUCGCCUCCGAGAUCCUCUGGGGUCACCGCUUCGAACCCGUGCUUUUCGAGAGGAAGAACUGUUACCAGGUGGACUACUCCUUCUUCCACCGGACCUAUGAGAUUCCCAGCACACCCUCGUGCAGCGCUAAAGAGUUGGCCGAGCAGAAGUACAUCCAGGGCUCACGCUCCUCCUUCUGCUACGAGAACGAAGUAGCUCUGCAGCUCGUCUCCCCUGACAAUGACCCUGAGGGCAACCCUGGCGGCUGCCCCUCCCCCCUGACCCGCCGACCCUCCCUCUCACAACACCCCCACACCAACUAACCCGGGGGGAGAGGGAGGCAACAGGCAGAGGGGACAGGAAGUGACCCGGGAUCCACAGGAAGUCAGGGAGAGACAGAGGGUUGAGAGAGGCAGAAAGAGACAGGCAAGAUAAAGGUAAGUACUAGAUUUAGGGAAAAGGACAACAUUGAGAGUGAAGUUUAGAGAGGUGUAGAAAGAGGAACAGAGGACACGACAUAGACGGCGAGAGACAAACAGAAAGAGAGAUACUGUAUACAGUCAAACAGAGAGAGAAAAGGACAGAAAGAUAGGACAGAGGAGAGAGAGGGAUAGACAGAGAAAGAGGGAAACAGAGCGAGAGUGAAGUGUCAUUGAAAGGGGUAGAUGGGCUGCUGCUACUCUGACUGAGUUGGCUGAUUUGGACCCAGCGAUCUUUCAGAAUCAUUAUGAACCCGUCUGUCUCAGACCUGGCCCGUCAACCAACCGCUACAUUUACCACUGGCUCCAGCACCUAACUGAUCACACAUACAACACUGACCCCUCGUGGCUUCAGUCUGUAACUGCAGCUCUGGUUCAGUUACAACUCACACUGGGCACAUGGGAGUAAGGUGAAGCUGCCCCCUAGACACUGAGCUAUUGUCAGUUUAGCGUUUCUGCCCCCUAAUGGUGAAGGUGAGGUUUUGGAGAGGCUAAGCUGAUCCUAGAUCUGUGCCUAAGGGUAACUUCUAACCUGUGUAUGUUGAAUACUGUGUGACAGAAUGAGAUAAAACAGAGUAUAUCUACACAUUGAGGGAUGCUUCUUAUGAACUGAAUUCUAUGACAAGGCAUUAUUGAUAUGUUUUUGAUUCUGGUAAGUAAUUUGUGUUCUGUUAAGGUUUGAGCCAGAGGUCUGUUGUGUUAGACUACGUGUUAGAGCUGAUGUGUAACAAAAUGGAUACAGAGAAACAGCUGAAAAUAAGCAGCGAUUUUAAGCGGUUUCUUUGACUUGUACUGUACUUUAUGUUGUUAUUCUGUAUUUAUAAUGUAAGACUAUUAUCUAUUUACUUUAUUUAAUCAAACAUUUGCAUGUUCAACUGUGUGCAGUGUCAGCACAAAACCAUAUGAGUGCAUAGUUUGGUAACAUGUUAUUUGAAGGUCUACUUCUAAACUAAUGAAUAUAUGUUUAAUAUGGUUAACUAUGGUUAACAAACAAAGGUUUAUAAGUACUUUAUAAGCAGAACUUCGAUAAAAAAUUUACCUUAUGUUAUUUUUUUAUUCUACAGUACCCAGCUGAAGGGACAAUAUUAUGUUCAUGUUUACCUCUGAUGUCUUGAAUAUGAGAUUCUGUCACCUGAGAUUCUGUGUUCCUCAAACAUUUAACUUUGUAGAAUUUUCCUCUGUAUUUUCUUUAUUUAGUUAAUUUGCUGAAUACUGUAUAUUUGGAUGAAUUUUAAGGUGGAAAUGGGGGGGAUUUCUUCCUUGAUUUUGGAAUCAGAUGUUAAAGGUAGACUCAGCGAUAUGACGUAGAUGCAGAAAGUAAACAGCAUAGUGGGUCAAUUUCCGCAAACAACUAAGAGCGUUGAAGUGUGAGGCUAAACGUCUCAGCUGUUUUGGUCUCGUACCUACCACGCUCUAACAGCGUGAUCGAACCCGUGGCGCAUGCGCAGAUACUGUGUGUGACCAGGGGUGAAGGUAAGGCGGUACGGUCCGGUACGGUGUCCCGGCAAAAUAAAUAGUGGGGGUACGCCGUAUCGGUAAAACAUGAGCCUAUCACAAUAAUUAAAACAAAAUGUCAAGAAAACUGUAGGCUAUUACACCAUUAUUUAUCAUUACCGCAUGUCAGAGGCAUGAAAAAUGAGCGAAUGGACUUGAAAACGGGUGGUAUAGCUUACACUCCAAAAUGCCAUGUGGUUCGAAAAAUGUUGCCAAGGCAGAGACGAAUGGCUGACACCGAGACGCGCGCUGACAGCAGUGGAUGCAUAAAUUCUGGCCUAAUGACAAUCACCAAAAUGUCAUUCAACUUUGUGGUGUUUUGUGUAACAGGUGUCUCUUUCCAUUCAAACAUCAUGACUGGUGGUUUAUGCCACAAUAAAAGGUAAUACAUUAAAAAAGUUAAAUAACAAAUCUUUACGACUACGCCCGCAGAGAACCUAAUGAAUUAAUAGGGAUUCUAUAUGUCAUUCUGUGAUUAAGCAUGUGCACAUAGGAGGUCCCGUACUGGGAAGAAAUUAAAUCUACUUUCACCUGUGUGUGUGACUGUGAUAGUGAAUUCUUGCAUCUCGCUCAUCUCAAUAGCUGCAGUGCUGCUUGUGGAAACGUAAUUUAGCUGAGUCUACCUUUUAAGGUGACGUUGUUGGAAGUGUCCAGGCCUUGGCAGACCACCCUAAACUGGGACUGUAAAUGGACCGUAAACCUGUUGGACUGCAAUGACCACUGGAAGCAUGUACUGAGGACCUGAAAUGUACAACUGUCACUUCAAUGCAGUACAUUUACGUACAGUGAGGGAAAAAAGUAUUUGAUCCCCUGCUGAUUUUGUACGUUUGCCCACUG